AUGACGGAAUCAGUUGCGGAUGCUGCUUUCGAAGUCAUUGUUUUGGGGCCAAAUGGUGGACCUCGUGAGGACAGGGUGACUGGCCUAUUGGUACGAUCGACUUCAACCGGCUGGCAGCCAAACUCCGCCAUCGCUGUGGAUGGAGGUACCCUUCUCGCCGGGAUCAUUCGCUUGCUGAAGAAGGAUAUCGAAGGAGCUAUGGACAAUGUGCUGCAACAUGGUCCCUUUGCAGGUCUACGCCUCCCAUUUAAGUCGGCAGAAGCCAACGGAGCGCAUGUAUUCAGGGAGAUCAUCGAUGCAGUUCUCAUCACACACCCUCACCUCGAUCACAUUUCGGGCCUGGCAAUCAAUACACCGAUUGUCGAGGCAGGAAAUGGUCCCAAGUCUGUGGCUGCUCUUCCAUCCGUGAUAGCAGCCCUCAAAAACCACAUGUUCAAUGAUGUUAUCUGGCCGAACCUGUCCGACGAGGAUGGCGGUGCAGGUUUGCUUACUUACAAUCGCUUGGUCGAGGGCGGCAACAAUAGAUUUGGCACUGGAGAGGUCCGGGGCUACGUACGAGCCUGCACUGGUAUAACGACUAAGUGUCUGACUGUCAGCCAUGGGAGGUGCAAGCAGCGGUAUCACCCAGAAUCGGCGACGCAUCACAGGAUCAAUAGCACUGUAUUUGCACCCCAUCUACCUGAGCAUUUCAUGCUGCCUUCUCGGGCGAUGUCAAUGGAUCCAACUGAAGGAAGCUUUUACUCUCCCGCUCGCUCCCCCCGACUUGCAGCAGCCAAGGAGCCUACCAUGGCCACUGUUGAAAGCUCUGCAUUCUUUCUGCGAGACAGCAUAAGCGGAAAAGAGAUCAUCAUCUUUGGAGAUGUCGAGCCGGAUUCGGUAGCUCUAGAGCCACACAAUCGGCGCGUCUGGAAAACCGCCGCCCCCAAAAUCGAGGAUGGCACCCUUCGCGCAAUUUUUAUCGAGUGUUCCUAUAAUGACAGUGUCGACGAUGCUUAUUUAUACGGUCACCUGUGUCCAAGACAUCUCAUCGCUGAGCUGAGCGUCCUCGCUAAGUUCGUGAUGGAGGUACGCGACAAAAAGAACUGCCCGCCUGCGCAAAAUACCAGCGAUCCAGCAAAGUCAAAACGCAAAUGGGAUAGUACACCCAACGAUGAUCCUAUGUCUGUAAGCCCAAGGUCCAUGAAACGGACCCGCAGCACGGGCGGCAGAGCAGACCUGGCAAAAUCAAACAGAGCAUCUGAAACACCCGACGCGCCCUCCUUGUACGAGGAAGAGGAUUUUGAUUUCAGUGCCCCGAACGCAUCCCGCUGGGCUGGCGCUAAUCCUCUCCCACUGCAAGAUCUAUCUGUUUACAUUAUUCACAUCAAAGAGACACUCGCUGAUGGACCACCUCCUGGUUAUGAGAUCCUGAGCCAGUUGCGGAGGCAGGCAGCUGAGUCGUCUCUGGGCUGUCAGUUUUUCCUUCCAGACCCGGAGGAAGGCAUAUUCAUUUCAUGA